AUGUGCGGCUCGGCCCUGGCUUUUCUGACUGCUGCACUGAUCUGCCUGCACAACUGCCAGCGAGGUCCUGCCUUGGUUCUCCGGGCGGCCUGGCUGUUUUCUCUUGUUCUCGGACUGGGCCAAAGUGAACACAAUAGAUGUGGCUCUUCAAAUGCGGUCUCCUGUGCCAGGUGCCUCCAGCUGGGUCCAGAAUGCGGAUGGUGUGUUCAAGAGGAUUUUGUUUCAGGUGGAUCAAGAAGUGAACGUUGUGAUACCAUUUCCAAUCUGAUAAGCAAAGGCUGUCCAGUUGACUCAGUAGAACACCUGUCAGUGCACAUAAUGACAUCAAAUGAGAAUGAAAUCAAUACCCAAGUGACACCAGGAGAAGUCUCAAUCCAACUGAAUCCAGGAGCUGAAGCUAAUUUUAUGUUAAAAAUCCGUCCUCUGAAGAAAUAUCCUGUGGAUCUUUAUUAUCUGGUUGAUGUGUCCGCAUCAAUGCACAAUAAUAUAGAGAAAUUGAAUUCCGUUGGAAAUGACUUAGCUAGAAAAAUGGCAUUUUUCUCCCGUGACUUCCGUCUUGGUUUUGGCUCGUAUGUGGAUAAAACUGUCUCACCUUACAUUAGCAUCCACCCAGAAAGGAUCCACAAUCAAUGCAGUGACUACAAUUUAGACUGUAUGCCUCCACACGGAUACAUCCAUGUUCUGUCUCUGACAGAAAACAUCACUGAGUUUGAAAAGGCAGUCCACAGACAAAAGAUCUCUGGAAACAUAGAUACUCCUGAAGGAGGUUUCGAUGCCAUGCUUCAGGCUGCUGUCUGUGAGAGUCAUAUUGGAUGGCGAAAAGAAGCUAAAAGAUUGCUGCUGGUGAUGACAGACCAGACAUCACAUCUUGCUCUUGAUAGCAAACUGGCAGGCAUAGUGGUGCCAAAUGACGGAAGCUGCCAUCUGAAAAACAAUGUCUACGUCAAAUCUACAACCAUGGAACAUCCAUCACUAGGCCAACUUUCUGAAAAGUUAAUAGACAACAACAUAAAUGUCAUUUUUGCAGUUCAAGGAAAGCAGUUUCAUUGGUACAAGGACCUUCUACCCCUAUUGCCUGGUGCCAUUGCUGGCGAGAUAGAAUCCAAAGCUGCAAAUCUCAACAAUUUAGUAGUAGAAGCCUACAAGAAACUCGUUUCAGAAGUAAAAGUGCAGGUGGAAAACCAGGUACAUGGUGUCAAUUUUAACAUCACUGCAAUCUGUCCAGAUGGUGCCAGAAAGCCAGGUGCAAUUGGAUGUGGAAACGUGACAAGCAAUGACGAAGUUCUUUUCAACGUAACAGUUGUGAUGAAAACAUGUGAUGUCACAGGAGGAAAAAACUAUGCAAUAAUCAAACCCAUUGGUUUCAAUGAAACCACCAAAGUCCACAUACACAGAAGCUGCAACUGCCAGUGUGAGGAUCGCAGAGGGCGCAAAGGACAGUGUCCCGAAGCAGCUCUGGAUCCCAAGUGUCCCCAGUGUGAUGACAGCAAAUGUCAUUUUGAUGAAGACCAGUUUCCUUCUGAAACUUGCAAGUUGCAGGAGGAUCAACCUGUCUGUAGUGGCCGAGGAGUGUGUAUCUGUGGGAAAUGUUUAUGUCACAAAACCAAGCUUGGAAGAGUGUACGGCAGAUACUGUGAAAAGGAUGACUUUUCUUGUCCUUAUCACCAUGGAAAUGUUUGCGCUGGCCAUGGGGAGUGUGACGGUGGCAGAUGUCAGUGCUUUAAUGGCUGGGAAGGAGAUCGGUGCCAGUGUUCAUCAGCCUUAGCACAGCACUGUGUCAAUUCCAAGGGCCAAGUUUGCAGCGGAAGGGGAACCUGUGUGUGUGGCCGGUGUGAAUGCACUGAUCCCAGGAGCAUUGGCCGUCUCUGUGAGCACUGCCCAGCCUGCCAUCUAUCCUGCAAUGAAAACUGGAACUGUAUGCAGUGCCUUCACUCUCACAAUCUGUCUCAGGCUGUACUCCAUCAGUGUAAAACCUCCUGUGCUAUCAUGGAGCAGCAUCAUGUGGAUCAAGCAUCAGAAUGUUUAUCUGGCCCAAGCUAUCUGCGAAUAUUUUUCAUCAUAUUCAUAGUCACAUUCUUGAUUGGGUUGCUUAAAGUCCUUAUCAUUAGACAGGUGAUACUACAAUGGAAUAGUAAUAAGAUAAAAUCUUCAUCAGAUUACAGAAUGUCUGCUUCCAAAAAGGAUAAACUGAUUCUGCAAAGCGUUUGCACAAGAGCUGUGACCUACCGACGGGAAAAGCCCGAGGAAAUAAAAAUGGAUAUCAGCAAACUAAAUGCUCACGAAGCAUUCAGGUGCAACUUCUAA